AUGCCUGUCCAACAAUUGUCACCGGAACUGGAACGCAUAGUCUCCCAGGACCAGGCGGUAGAGGUGCUGGGCACCGGCUAUGUCAUUGCUGAGGGGCCGCUGUGGUGGAGCGAGGAGCAAUAUCUGCUGUUCAGCGAGGUUCGGGGAAACCGCAGGUGGAAAUGGACUGCGAGCGAGGGCCUGACCCUGGUGCAGGAGCCUACCAAUAAUGCGAACGGCCUGACCCGGGACCCGCAGGGAAGGCUGGUGAUGUGCGAGGGCGGGGCAAGGCGCGUAACCCGGGUUGAACACGAUGGAAGCGUCACCGUAAUUGCAAACAGCUAUCACGGAAGGCCACUGAACCGGCCCAACGACGUGGUGGUGAAAUCCGACGGCAGCAUUUAUUUCACCGAUCCGGGUGGCCCCUCCCCCGACACUGGCCUCGAUUUUUCCGGGGUCUACCGGGUAUCGGCCGAUCUCAGCACGAUCAACCUGCUGGUCCGGGACUACGUUCUGCCGAACGGGCUGGCGUUUUCCCCCGAUGAGAGCGUCCUUUACAUAAACGAUUCUCAGGGCGUGUCGGUAGACAUCGGCAACAUGUUCCGCAGCACUGGGCGCAUUGACGCCUUCGACGUACGGCCUACCGGGAUGCUGGCCAACCGGCGGGUCUUCUGUGAACUGAGAGGGGAGAUGUCCGGGAUUCCGGACGGGAUGAAAGUCGAUGUCGAAGGAAAUGUUUAUUGCACCGGGCCGGGGGGCGUCUGGAUAGUGGACUCCGCUGGCAUGCAUCUGGGCACAAUCCUGACCGAGGUGGAGCACACCACCAACAUGGCAUGGGGCGGAGAGGACUGGAAGACCCUGUUCAUUACCACGGCGGAUAGGUUAGCCCGCAUCCAGCUGAAGGUAUCAGGAUUACCGGUCCCAACACAGUCCUCAUAG